AUGUUUGAGAGGGAAGACGCUUCAACACCAACAGCCAAUCAACGCGUAGAUCCGUUACCAUCAGAACAACAAAAACACAAAACAAUGCGAGGUGAUCCCAUCGUUUCGAAGCGACUACAGCAGACAGCAGAACAACUUCAAGCUGCUAUUCAGCGUGUUCGAAAGAGAAAAGAAUUUGUGUGUAAUAUAGAUGAAGAAUCAAGUGAGAAGUCAUGGCAAUUAUCGCCAACUGUACUCUUAUCACCUGAACAGGAUGAGGUGCAUUCAGAGGUUGAUAAAUUAAAAUCAAAUGAUACAUCGGUUGCUUCAGAUUCAGUAUCGCACACGCCUACAACAGAAGCUGUCGAUGCUUUGGAUCAAGCAGGUAUACUAGAAAUUGAAAGCCAUGAGGCCCUGGAAAAGAUGCAGCAAGAUGUGAAGAGACAGAGACAUGAGAUUCAAGUUAUUUGUGAGCUGCUAGUUCGCGCUAUUCAUAAUAUUACGGAUGUUGUAGUCGAUGUUGUGAAUGAUGAAGCUGCAAAUGUUCUAGUAUGUACAGCAGCAGCAGCGACGGGGGUGUCGCUUGAGACAGACAACAACGAAGCUACGUUGCAACUUGUGCCUGAGAAAGUGGAAGAGCUUAUAGAUUUGUGGGAUGAUGGCUUAGUUUCUUGGCGAGAGAAGAACUUAGAAGAGAAACAUCAACUGACGAUGGCAUUUACAGAGUUUGAGGAUGAGUGUCUUGCACGAAUGAAGACUAAUGAAUCUUUGCACAAGUUUGCACACGAGAGACAUGUUCUUGAAUCAAAUCAAUGCCAAAUGUAUUAUGAAGACUAUACGAGUGGCAUCACGCAAAAGCUUGAAAGCGCAGAUAAUGUCAAUAUAUCUUUGCGUAAUCGGGUGACAGAUCUAUCGUUUCUGCUAACAAAAUCGGCAGCGGCAAAUGCAAGACCCGUGGUUUCAGAUGCAGCCACAGAGACUAUCGACAAUAGUGAUAUCCUUCAAAACCAAAUGUUAAAUCUUGCGGCUUGUGCUAAGUCGUCAGAUCUUCACGCAUUACGUUGUGAAGUAGAGCUGACGGAGCAAGUCCAGCGAGCGAACGAACUUGAAGCCCGAUUGUUUAUGUUGUUAGAGGAGAACGAACAACGAAAAUGUUAUCAAGAAUUCACUAACACGAGUGUGAAUAUUAGUCAUACCGUGGAUAUGUAUCAACAAAAACUUAAUCUACUUGAAGGUCGGGUCCAAGAUGUACAGGAUCAAGUGGCUUGCGACCACGAGCAAGCUGAAUACGAAAAAGCAAAGUGGGUACUAGAGAAGCAACACCAUCGCGAAAAGUACAACGAAGUGCUGGACACAAGUGUCAAAGUGCUUAAAGUGUUGAUCAUCCGUGAAAAAUUAUUAAAAAAGAACGAGCGAUUGCAAAAGCGGAUGAAUAGAAAAUGUCAGAGAAAGCAGACUGAGCUCAUGAAUCAAGGUGAGAAGCUGCAGGGAAUAGCAACGGAGUUGAUGCGACGAAGUGCGAUGAUGUUAUUGAUAUUGCAAAAGCUGUCAGUUUUAAAAAGCGAUAUGAAUCAGCUUCACGACUCCUGGACAAUGCCAGCUAAGCCUGUAUUGCUGAUGAACACAAUCAAGCGCCUGAAAAAGAUUAAAGCAGAAUUAGGUCAACAUGACUGGACAUUAAAUGCGAACUCUAAAGGUGAUUCAGUUGCUGAAAUGCUGUAA